GAUCAAACAAUCGGAAAAUGACGUCAUUUAUCUACAUUCCAGCCGUACUCUUUCUUCUGGCGGUUUCCGUCGAUGCUCACAAGUUCGGAGUGUACACCGGCAGCUCUUGGCAAAGCGCCCACGCCACUUUCUACGGCGGCAGUGAUGCUUCCGGCACCAUGGGAGGAGCUUGUGGAUAUGGAGACUUAUACAGCCAGGGUUAUGGAGUCCAGACGGCGGCAUUGAGCACGGCCCUGUUCAAUAACGGUCAGAGCUGCGGGUCUUGUUUCGAGAUUCAAUGCACCAACGACCCGGGUUGGUGUGUCCCCGGAAGUCCAUCGAUUAUCGUAACAGCCACCAAUUACUGUCCACCGAAUUUUGCUCAGUCCUCCGACGACGGUGGAUGGUGUAAUCCUCCCCGCGCUCAUUUUGACCUUGCAAUGCCAUCGUUCUUGAAUAUCGCAAAGUACAAAGCUGGAAUCGUCCCCGUAAAUUACCGCCGGGUGCCAUGUAAGAAAACAGGUGGGAUAAGAUUUACAAUGAACGGCAAUCCAUACUUCGACCUGGUUCUGAUAUCCAACGUCGCCGGCGCCGGAGAUAUCGUUAAGGCGUACGUAAAGGGUAGUAAGACCGAUUGGAUACCAAUGAAACGGAACUGGGGACAGAAUUGGCAGUCUAGCGCCGUACUUGUGGGGCAGUCCCUUUCAUUUCGGGUCACUGGAAGUGACGGCCGUACAUCCACUUCCCACAACGUUGCGCCGGAGAAUUGGCAGUUUGGCCAGACCUUCUCCGGCAAGAAGAAUUUCCGGGUGAAACCACGUCAGAAGAAAAAUUAA